UAUGUCUAUAAAUGUAAAUAUUUUCAGAAAAUUUGGGCAAAGAAAGCGCAAGAUGGACAUAAUAUCCCAACUACAAGAACAAGUAAACACUAUAGCCGCUCUUUCAUUCAAUAUCAUUGGGACACUUCAAAGAGAUGCCCCUCCAGUUCGGCUAUCACCUAAUUAUCCUGAGCCUCCCAAGAAUGCCAAUGACACGGAGGAGACGACAAAUCUGGCAGAGCAACCCAAGACUAUGAGUUCUGAAUUAGUGAAAGCUGCCAAGCAGUUCGAUGUGCUGGUUGCUGCGAUUCCAUUAUCUGACGGAGAUGAUGAGGCAGCUCAACUGAAAAGAAUUGCAGAACUCCAGAAUAAAUUCACUGGGCAGGCUGAAAAUGAUGCAAUAGGCCAAGAACUUCAAAAGCAAUUAGACGCUGCAGAGAAGGAACUAAAGCAGGUUCAGGAAUUGUUCAGCCAGGCAACAGACAACUGCUUGAACUUGAGGAGGCCAGAAUGAGGAAAAUGGACAGAUGCACUCAGUUGGACUCGAACUCUAGUUGGGGAACUUCGGGAAACAGAACAAAUUUUACAUAUUUCAGGUGGAUUUG